AUGAGCGCGGCCGGACUCGCUAUACGAUCCCGCUUUCUCGCGCGCCCCAGUGAGGCCGCGCAUCGGAUCGCGGGUCAGCCUUUGCUUCUUGCCUCCUGUCCUGUUGUGAUCCCGGCGCAUCGUGUCUCUCCUUUCUCGACCUCCGCCCCUUCCUACUGCGCGAACCACAAACCCUCGGGCGCCACACAGACUAACAGCACCGCCUCGUCCACCACAGACAAGUACGCCGCUGGCCUGCGCAAGAACAAGGACUGGGCCGCCCAGACCGCGCGUGAGCACCCCGAACUCUUCCCAACCCUCGCAACCGGCCAGCAACCCCAGAUCCUGUGGCUCGGCUGCUCUGACUCACGAUGCGCCGAGACCUCCAUGCUCGGCCUGCUGCCCGGCGACGUCUUCGUGCACCGCAACAUCGCCAACAUCCUGCAUCCCGGUGACCUGAGCUCGGGCGCUGUCAUCGAGUACGCCGUGAAGCACCUGCGCGUCAAGCACAUCGUGGUCUGCGGCCACACUUCCUGCGGCGGCGUCGCUGCCGCCAUGGGCAACAAGCAGCUUGGCAUUUUGGACCCCUGGUUGCUGCCCUUGCGCCAGGUGCGCGAGCGUAACCUUGCUGUUUUGCAGAAGCUGUCACCUGUUGAGGCUGCGGAGAAGCUGGCUGAGCUGAACGUCCGCGAGAGCCUGAACGUUGUCACCCAGAAGGAUGUCGUCCUGAGCGCUAUCCAGGAACGUGGCCUCCAGGUCCACGGACUGAUCUACGAGGUUGGCUCUGGUGUUCUCCGUGAGCUGGAUACCUCGGACUCGGAUGAGGCGAUCAAGGCACGGUUGGUGGCCUUCAAGACCGAUGCUUAA